ACAGGUCACAGUACAGGCAGGCGACUCGGGGGCGGAGUCAAUCCCGCCGGUCACAGAACUCGGUGUGACACCUGCUAUUCUGUCAAAUGAAAUCUCCGUUGUUUCUCGGUUCCUCUCGCCUCGGUCGUCUUUUAUCGAGAGGGACGAAGGUCCACGGACAAGCGUACCAGCAGACAUGUCGUACUGCAAGCAGGAAGGUAAGGACCGGAUCAUCUUCGUGACCAAAGAAGACCACGAGACUCCUAGCAACGCCGAGCUGAUAGCAGAUGACCCUGAUGACCCUUAUGAGGACCAGGGCCUGAUUCUGCCCAAUGGAGAAAUAAACUGGAACUGCCCCUGCCUGGGCGGCAUGGCCAGCGGGCCCUGCGGCUCUCAGUUCAAGGAGGCCUUUUCGUGCUUCCACUACAGCCAGGAGGAGGUGAAAGGCUCCGAGUGCAUCGAGCAGUUCCGCACCAUGCAGGAGUGCAUGCAGAGGUACCCCGACCUCUAUCCGCAGGAGGAAGACAAAGAAAACCCUCGUCAAGCUGAAUCGGGCGGCGCUCCUGCUGCCGACGGCUCUGCCUUAUUGUCUGAGAAUGACUCUUCUUCAGUAGCUUCACCAGACAGCGCGUCGGCUGCGGUCGGCUAGCUAGAGCCAGUCAGACCAUCGCAGAGUGACUCUUCUUAAGCAAAACGUCUUUAGCCAGCUAAACGUUUUUCGUGGAACAGCAGAGGACUUGCGAAAGUGAUUUGUCUUCUAACCUCUAAAUGAUGAAAGGUUACCCUCAUGUUGUUAGCAGGGACUUGAGUUGUUGGACUUGUAUUACAUUAUAUGCAACAGCAGUUUAUAUCACUGCUUCUUGUGAAUAACAGAAGAGCCUUUUUCUUUGUAUAUCAGUGUCAGUCUGUUGAUGUAAGAUACAGAAAAUUAGUUAAAAUCCAAACUGACAUUAGUUUAAGCUAUAAUAGCUUUAUUUUUUUCCCUCAAGAUAUUAUUGAUGUGUAAUAUCAAUUCCCUUUUUCAUCACCUGAGACCAAAACAGAGGGAAAAAUUAAAGGAACGUGUUCUGUUUCUCACUGUGCUCUUUGUCCAGUAGAAAUCUUCGCACAACAAAUUAAUGUUGUCAUUGAUGUUCUUGCUGUCAAAACAAAAAGAAAAGUCAUAAAGUGGUUGCUGAAGUCA